CGCUCGGAAGUGUGCGACGAGUGAUGUCAUGCGGAGGGAGGAAACCGAUCUCAACAGCUAAGAUGGCGGAGGAGCAGCAAGAGUCAUCACAGGGAGAGAUGGAGGGAGUGAACUGCCUAGCAUAUGAUGAGGCCAUAAUUGCUCAACAGGACCGGAUUCAGCAGGAGAUAGCCAACAGUAACCCUUUAGUGUCAGACAGACAGGACCUGUCGGUGCUGCAGAGCGAGUACGCUGAGGAUGACACGGUUUAUCAGCUCAAGAUCAAGGACCUGCACAAAAAAUACUCGUACAUUCGCAAGACGCGACCAGAUGGAAACUGUUUCUACAGAGCCUUUGGCUUUGCACAUCUCGAGUCCCUGCUAGAUGACAGCAAAGAACUUCAGAGGUUCAAAGCAGUUGCAGCUAAAAGUAAACUGGAUCUGGUUAACGAAGGUUUCACUGAGUUUACUAUUGAAGAUUUUCACAAUACUUUCAUGGACCUGAUUGAGCUAUGUGAGAAACAGCCGAGCCUGCAGGAGCUGCUGAACUCCUUCAAUGACCAGAACGUAUCAGACUAUGUGGUGGUGUACCUGCGGUUGCUCACCUCAGGCUACUUGCAGCGACAGCAUACCUUCUUUCAGCAUUUCAUAGAGGGUGGGCGCACUGUCAAGGAGUUCUGCCAGCAGGAGGUAGAGCCAAUGUCUAAAGAAAGUGACCACAUUCACAUCAUCGCCUUAGCUCAGGCCUUGGACGUAUCCAUUCUGGUGGAGUACAUGGAUAGAGGAGAGGGAGGAACAGUCAAUCACCACGUCUUUCCCGAAGGCGGAGACCCCCGCAUCUUCCUCCUCUAUAGACCUGGCCAUUACGACAUCUUGUACAAAUAGCACUCCUGGCCACAGCCCAUCUCAUGCAUCUCCUGCUGUGUGCCGCAGCAGCGCAUUCAAGAAAUCCUACCAGCAGCCAUGCUGAUGAAACAUACAUCUGUGUAUGAGAUUACACUCGUGUAUUUGGAAAAAAAAAACGAAAAAGAGAGAGAAAAUCACAUUACUUGCCUCAUUUGCCCUUCUUGCCCCAAACCCCCAAAUUUACCUUCAGUCAUGACAAAAUGAUUAAAUUAAAAAAAAAAAAUCUUUG